UGUAGAUUGCACGCCCCGCCCCCCCCACUACGCAAUCUCACUCCGCUUCGCCUGCUGUUCCUGCCCGGGAGGAGUUUUAUAAUGCAGGCUCUUGUUCAAGCAACUCCAUUUGUCCAUCUGGUGCGACUCAGACCCGGCAGUAUUUGCUCACAGGGCAGUUACUGUUUCCAAGUGAGGCCCUUGUCUGGAUCUAAGAGUUCGAGGAUGAGGCUUCUCCAGUUUGUAACUACUGAUAAUCAGAGUGGAGUCAGUUUGGGAGUUGAGAAGGACGGACGGAGUGUAAUUGAUUUGAACUCAUUUGACAGUUCCCUACCCAGAACCAUGAAAGAGUUUCUGGAAAUUGGAGAGACUGCUCUGGAAACUGCAAGAAGAGCUGUGGAUUGUGGAAAGCAUGCUGUAUGUCGCUCAGAAAUAACACUUCUUUCACCAAUAACAAACCCUGAUAAAGUGGUGUGUAUUGGAAUGAACUAUAUGGAUCACUGCCUGGAGCAGAAUAUAGCAGUCCCAAAAGAACCAGUUAUAUUUAGCAAGUUUGGUAGUUCCAUAGUUGGGCCUUACAGUGACAUCAUUCACCCAGAAGAGAGCAAUGAAGUGGAUUGGGAGGUGGAGCUGGCAUUUGUUAUUGGAAAGAAAGGGAAGCAUAUCAAGAAGGAGGAAGCAAUGGACUAUGUUGUUGGAUUCACAGUCGCACAUGAUGUCAGUGCACGUGACUGGCAGAUGAAACGCAAUGGCAAGCAGUGGCUCCUGGGUAAAACAUUUGACACAUUCUGUCCAUUGGGACCAGCCAUAGUCACCAAAGAUGCUCUCUCAGACCCCCACAAUCUCGGGAUUCGCUGCCGGGUAAACAAAGAAGUUAUGCAGGACAGCAACACCAAUCAGCUAAUAUUUAAAACUGAGGAACUUGUCGCUUGGGUGUCACAGUUUGUGACCCUGAAUCCAGGAGAUGUCUUCCUCACUGGAACACCAUCUGGAGUUGGAGUAUUCAGAAAACCACCUGUGUUCCUCAAACGUGGAGACACUGUGGAAUGUGAAAUUGAUGAAAUAGGAACCUUGAGGAACACUGUCAUUUAGAUUUACAGAGUGCUUUCAGACAAGGUUGAUUUACCUGAACAUGGUCAAAGUAGACUUGCAGUGCUUGGGGUAGAACUCUUGAAUGAAGAAGCAGACUUCACUUGUAUUCUGAUGAUUGAAUGUGCACUUUAAAUGGAAGUAAAAAGAAUUAAGUCCUGGGACUUCAAGAUUCAUGGGAUAUGGUUUUAAAAAAAGCAACUUAAUUGACACAAAGCAGUUGUGCUGCGCUGCAAUGUAUAUGGAGCUUCCAUAAAUAUAU